AUGGGGGGCCCCCACAGCAAACCCCGGGGGGGGGGGGGCCGGGGGGCGGGGGCUGACCCGCCCCCGGCUCCACCUCUGCCCCUGCCCCCCCUCAGCGGCAGCCUCCCGGACAUGAACAAGAUGCUGGACAAGGAGGACUUCACCAUAAUGAAGAGGGCCAUCUUUGCCACGCAGCGGCAGUCCUUCCCCCCCGUGUGCACCCACAACAUGCUGGACGACUCCUCGGACCCCAUCCUCACCACCAUCCGCCGGAUCGGCCUCUUCAACAGCAGCGCCGACCGCGUCAAGGUGAUCUUCCACCCCGAAUUCCUCUCCUCCACCAGCCCCUUGCUCCCAGUGGACUAUGAAGAGUUUGUGCGGGGCUGCCACCUGGGGGUCUUCCCCUCCUACUAUGAGCCCUGGGGCUACACACCUGCGGAGUGCACGGUCAUGGGCAUCCCCAGCAUCUCCACCAACCUCCGGGCCCGGCUGCUUCUGGAGGGCACAUGGACCCCCGGCCCGGUGGGUCCUGGCAGCAGAGGCCAGGCAGCGGAUUUGGGCCCGGAACCGCCCAGCGGCCCGGAUCUGCUGGACUGGAAGUACCUGGGCCGGUAUUACAUGUUUGCCCGCCACAUGGCCCUGGCCAGGGCCUUCCCAGACCACUUCACCUACGAGCCCCAUGACGCCGAUGCUACCCAGGGCUUCCGGUACCCUCGGCCGGCUUCCGUGCCUCCGUCCCCUUCGCUGUCCCGCCACUCCAGCCCCCACCAGAGUGAAGGGGAGGAAGAAGAAGGGGAGGAGAACGGAUCCCGCAGGUUGGACUUCAAGGAUGGGGAGCGCUACAACGAGGACGAGGAAGCCGAGAAGGACCGCAGGAACAUCCGCCCUCCCGACUGGUCCCGGCGGGCCUCGGCUGCCAAGCGGGGCUCUGUGGAUACGGCCCCUUCCAGUUCUCCCAGCACCCCCAGCGAGCCCCUCAGCCCUGCCAGCUCCCUGGGCGAGGAACGCAACUGAGGGAGGGCUCCCUGGCUUCUGGGCCUGCCCACUCCUUGGUUCUAAACCCACGGCCCCUCGCCGGGCAUGGCAGUAUGACACCCCCUCCCAGAGCCUUCCUCCCCAGGGAAUCCUGGGAUGUUGCUUUGGAGGAUCCCCUAGACCUCCCACCUUUUGGCCAGUCUGCUCUAAGCUCCAGGGGGUUCCCAGGACCCCAGCGUUCUAGAGGGCAGCCUGGCUGGCUUAGCCCACGCCGUGGUACCCUCUGGGCCCAGGGUGGGACCUGGCACCCUCUCCCUGGUAGCCACCCUGGUGUGGGGCAGCUCCGCCCACAUGCACUCCCACCCUUAUCUGCCAGUGCCUCCCCUGCCUGCCCCCACUCCCCUAGAGCCCGCUGGCUCCCACUUGCUGGUGGGCAGGGGCUGCUGCGGCCAUUUACUGUGGAGUCAGCCAGCGGCUUCUCCGUCCAAGAGCGAAAAGCUUAUAUAUAUUUAAAUAAAAGAUUUUCACUAGGGCCACCCUCCACACCCUGACUCCUUCCAGGGCCUCGUUUUGCACCCAGGCUGGGGUCUGGAAGACCCAAUGUUGGAGGGGCGCUUUGGCUCCCUCCCAACCUCUGGCCUCUGACACAGGCUGCGAUUCAAGUUUAUCCAGCGUACCCCCGAAAGAACCACAGAGUCUGGGCGAUGUGCUAGCGAGCUUUAUUGGGGUGUGCCCUCUCCCUGGGGGGGGGGAGGGUGCUCUUUUCAGCCUGCAGCCCCUCCUAGUCC